AUGUAUUUCCAGAAGCUUGCAGUUGUUGCUCUCAGUGGCCUGGCCAUGGCCCAUCCUGGCGCCCACCACGAGCAUGACUCGCAUUCCGUGGCCUCCAAGCGAGACCUCUUGCGCAAUUCUCGUCGCGCGCUGGAGCUCUGCUCCGAUCAUUUGGAAAAGCGUGGUGUCAACGAACGUGCUCGUGCCCGUCGUGCUGCCAUUAUGAAGGCAAAUGAAAAGCGUGCUAUCUUCGCCCGCGACACCGACAAGACCGUCAAUACCUCUCACCACUCGACCCUCCUGGUCUCUGCCAAUACGCCCGAGUCUGCGCUCUUUUCCAAGAACCCCACUUGCAUUCUCGCUCCCGAAGGAGAGGUUGGCCCCUUCUGGGUAAACGGUGAGCUGGUGCGAUCUGAUGUUCGCGACGGUGAGCCGGGUAUUCCUCUCAUCCUAGAUGGACAGUUCAUCGAUAUCAACACCUGUGAGCCGAUCGAGGCUCUUUGGUGGGAUGUCUGGAGCUGUAACUCUACUGGAGUCUACUCUGGUGUCCAGAGCGCCAUGAACGGCAACGGAGACGACGCCUCGAACUUGAACAAGACCUUCUCUCGUGGAAUCCAGAAGACCGAUGCCGACGGCGUGGCUCAGUUCAAAACUAUGUUCCCUGGCCAUUACUCCGGUCGUGCUACCCAUAUCCAUGUCAUUGCCCAUACCCAGGCCCACGAAUUGGCCAAUAAAACUAUCACUGGCGGACACAUUUCCCACAUUGGUCAGCUAUUCUUUGAUCAGGACCUGAUCAGCAAGGUUGAGGCUACCUAUCCCUACAACACCAACACUGUCGACAUUACCAAGAACAUUGAUGAUCAUGUUGUCAUUGUCGAGACCGAGGACUCGACCUCUGAUCCCUUCUUCGAAUACGCUCUGCUCGGUGACUCGAUCGAGGAUGGUGUCUUUGGUUGGAUUACCCUAGGUAUCAAUGUGACUGCCAGCCACGACUCCGAUGCCUCCUACGCUGCUACGCUUACUGCCAACGGCGGUGUUAGCUCUUAA